GAUAGGAGUCUACAUAUAAACUUUUUGUCAUCACAACAAGGAGGUACAGCUAUUCGGUGUUCCUUUGAUGAACUAUUUAUCUAUCGUAAAAAAGGUAAUGAUAUAGACAAAUUGUGGCUCAUUAUCGAAGACGAGUUGUGUAUUCAACGAAUCGAACAGGAAAAGACGAAUUUAGAACUUCUUAAGAUUGAUAACAUGACUCAAGCUCUAAAGCACGUACAACGCUAUGUUGGUGCUCUGGGUAAUGGUGCAAUUGCAAACCUGGAAUCUGCAUCUGAAACUAUAACAUCAGCGAAAAAGAAACAGUCAGCCGAGGAAGCCUCCUCAAUCACUUCUCCAAAUCUUCGGGACUGCACUCUUCAUCCAUUUCCCCUUCAAUCUAACAUUGAGGAUGCCGAUUUUUUUGAAGGUGAAGAAGACAUCAAAAUCGAGGAUGCCCUACUCUCCAAGCGAUCUCAUGAAAAUGAAGAGGCGGUUAUUUUUAAGAAGAUCAAAAAUAGAAAUGAAAAAGAGUCGGUUGAAGAAGGUACCUCUCAAGAAGAUUUGGAAGAUUUGUUAAAUUCUGUGACCAAAGCUUCCAAUGCCUUCAGACAAAUCAAGUUCCCAACAUAUUAUAAUAAACUCAAAACUAUAUGGCACGCUCCUGAACUAGGAUUACUAUUCGAAAGAUUAUCUUUAGAGGACGAAAAUAUCCAUAUGGAAGAGGAUGAAGAGGGGGAAAGGGGUGAUAUUGAAAAUGGUGUCAAUAUUAAAGACGAAGCUGUUUCUGAAAUAGAAAAAAUAGUACAUAAUUUAAAUGAAACAGCCACAAAGUUUUGGUUCCUAUUAAAUACCAUUCCCAUUCCAGUGCUAAGUUACGAUCAAGCUCAAUUUCACGAUAUAAAUAUUAUUAAAAGUGUUUCCAAUGGAUUCUCAACCCACAGAUUACAAAGCGAUGGAGUAGCUGAAUUCUUUGAACGCCCAAAACAAAUCCCAUUAUUUCUGCUUGAAGUUUCUGGAGAUCCUGGUAAUCCAGGUCCUGAUAAAUUUAAUACUGAUAGAAUCAAAUUAAUGAAUGAGGGCGUAUUUGCUCUUAACAAGUUCAUAACAAGGACAGAGCUACCAAUAUGA